CGGAAGCAACUACAACUGGUCUGGGCUAAGUAGUCAUGAGCUUGUCACCCGCCGACAUGAGCUCAGAAGAACACAAGCAAGCUGUCCUUCAAAGGCAAUUGCAUGGCCUUCCGGAUGAUGAUACAGGUAGACCGGAACUAGCUAACUAUGCGACGAAGCUCGACAGGACCAUUCUGUGCGUCGGUUCGGCCUGCGCAGUUAUUGCAGGUGCCUUGAACCCGCUCGUGCCUGUCAUAUACGGUCUCCUGGUGGGUGUGUUCAACGGUUUCGCCGCGGGAUCCGUGGAGGUUGCCGAGUUUCGAUCCAAAAUAUCGACAUUCAGUCUUUACUACGUCUAUCUUAGCAUCGGUCUGUUUAUCUUUACCUACACAGCCACACUGAUUGAGAAACAACAAAUCAAGAAAAACGCUCAAAAUCCAUCAACUUCGUUGGACUCUGACAAUGAUGAAGGUGAUUUGAUACAAGCUAGUGCCUCAUAUUAUGGUAGCAAGUCCGAUGAUGAAAAAAACGGAGUAUCUGCCACUGUCCAGCCCAAAGACAGGCCCAAGAAAGAAACGUUCCACAACCCAGGGACAAAGGGUGCGUUGUCAUUCAUUUUAUCCAUCAGUAUCCCUGACUGGAAGCCUUUACUUUUUGGUCUUGCAUUUGCAAUACUUGCAGGGUUAGAAAUUCCAGCGCAAUCCAUAUUUUUCGCAAAGCUACUCACCAUCAUCGGGCUACCACAGAGCAAGUAUGCUCAAUUGAGACAAGGGGUCAACCUGUGGACCGGUCUUUACGUCGCCCUUGCUGGGACGGGAUUCAUACUUUGGCUAGGUCUUGGAGUGAGUCUGUCGUACGCAACGCAGAGGCUGUGCCGGCGUGUUCGCGUGGCCUGUUGCCGUCGGAUCAUAGACCAAGACAUGGCUUUCUUCGAUGAAGCUCAAAACUCCCCCAGUGCGCUCUCAAGCAUACUCUCAAAAAGCACCGACGAUCUUGCUGGAAUGGGAGGCCCAGUCCUUGGGGGAAUCUUGACCUUCAUUUCCACCAUUGUGGGAGGCAUAGUGGUCUCAUUGGUUAUAGGCUGGAAGCUGGCUCUUGUUUGCACAGCAACAAUACCUGCUGUUGUUGCCUGUGGUUGGCUACGCCUACAAGUGCUUGCGGCAUUUGACGCUCGAAUUAGGCAGAGCGGAGUGGAUUCGGCCGCAUAUGCAGGACAAGUUGUUCGCUGUAUGCGAACUGUGGCUUCAUUUGGUCUUGAAGACCAAGUUCUCUCACUUUAUGAUGGAUUCCUAGCUACACAAGCAGCGAAUUCUCUCAACUCCAUCCUCAUUACCUCGGCGCUCUACGCUGCAUCACAAUCUGUUGUAUAUCUUUGCGCCGCCCUUGCGUUCUGGUACGGUGGUACUCUAAUAGCGGACGGUGAAUACUCUGAAUUCCAGGUCUAUGUGUGCUUCGUCAGUCUCAUAUCUGGCUCUCAAAUCGCUGGAUCAAUCUUCACCUUUGCCCCUGAUGCCGGUAAAGCCAUACAUGCUGCCAAGGAGCUUCAGAAUGUCAUGGAGCUCGGCAAUCCCGAGGACGAAAUGCGGUCGCCACUUACUGAUUCUGGGCCCUCGGAGCUUAAACGAACAGAACAUGAGCUUCUUCAUGGCAGUGACCCUUGUCAAGUGACCUUUAAGAAUGUGACAUUUGCCUAUCCCCUGUGGCCAAAUAAGAAUGCCCUGCACAACUUCACAAUUACCAUCGAACCCGGACAGACGCUCGCAUUGGUUGGUCAGAGUGGAAGUGGGAAGAGCACAUGCCUUGCUCUGCUCUCACGGUUCUACAGGUUCCACCAUGGGCAGAUUUUGGUUGAUGGACAUGAUAUACGUAAUCUGGAUGUGAAAGCUUAUCGAUCGACACUUUCCCUCAUAAGCCAAGAGCCGACUAUUUUCUCUGGCACCAUGAGAGAAAAUAUCGCUGUGGGUUUAGUAAGGCAAGAAGUGAGCGACGACGACAUUCUGACUGCAUGCGCACAAGCCAAUAUACUUGACUUUGUUCAAUCGCUCCCUGAUGGGUUAUCGUCGACAUUGGGUACAAGUGGCAGCAUGCUCAGCGGAGGGCAGAAACAACGCAUUGCUGUCGCGCGUGCAUUUCUGCGCAAGUCUAAGCUUCUACUACUAGAUGAAGCUACAUCAGCGUUGGAUAGCGAGUCGGAGGCUGCCGUACAGAGGGCUAUUGAUGCCGUCAAAAAGAAUCGUACUACGAUUAUGGUAGCUCACCGUUUGAGCACAGUCAUGAACGCCGACGUGAUUUGCGUGAUGCAAGAAGGGCGUGGAGCCGAGGUUGGCAGCCCUCAGCAGCUUAUAGCCAAACGUGGGCUCUUCUGGGAAAUGACUAGAAUGCAGAGUCUUGAUUGA